AUGUCUGCAAUCGACGUAGAGGCUCUGCUUGAGGCUACUGCUCCGGCUCCCGCCGCCCCAACCACUUCGGAAGCCCGUGACGACCAGUCGCGCGCGGACCCCGACGAGCGUCCUGAUCGUUCCCGCGAUAGUCGCCGUCGCCGCGACCACAGCCGUGACCGCCUCCCCGAUCGAGACCUGGAAGGCGAUGAUGUCAUGAAGAACGACCCCGCUACUGCUAAUGGAGACCCUAGAAGCCGAAAGAGGAUCGAUGAGCAGCACCGCCCUCGCCGUGACCGUGACGGCUACCGCUCCGGUGACUUCUAUCGUGGUGGAGGACGCCCUCGUUCCCGUUCCCGUUCGCCUUAUGAUGACCGUCAUUACAGGCCCAAUCGCCGCCAGCGCGAGCAAGGAAGACGCUCCCACCGUGACAACGAUGCCCGUCGUGGAUUUGGUGAUACCCGUCGUGGAUCUGGUGCUUCCCGUCGUGGAUCUGAUGCUUCCCGUCGUGGAUCCGAUGCUUCCCGUCGUGGAUCUGAUGCUUCCCGUCGUGGAUCUCUUGAUGACCGCAAGUCUCCCGAGCUUACUGAAGAAGAACGUGACAGACGUACUAUCUUUGUGCAGCAACUUGCUGCUCGUCUGCGAACCCAAGACCUAGUCAAAUUUUUCGAAAAGGCCGGCCCCGUUAAGGACGCUCAAAUCGUCAAGGAUCGUGUUAGCGGACGCUCUAAAGGUGUCGGUUACGUCGAGUUUAAAAGAGAGGAGUCUGUCGAUGUUGCCCUCCGACUCACCGGACAUAUGCUACUAGGAAUUCCCAUCAUUGCCCAACUGACUGAAGCGGAGAAGAACCGCCAAGCUCGAAAUCCCGAGGCUACUGCAGGCAACCAACCCACUGCACCGUAUCACAGACUCUAUGUUGGUAAUGUCCAUUUCAGCAUUACUGAAGAAGAUCUCACGAAUGUCUUCGAACCAUUCGGCGAGCUCGAAUUUGUUCAGUUGCAAAAGGAUGAAACCGGCAGAAGCAAGGGUUUUGCUUUCGUUCAAUUCGCGGAUGACGUACAAGCCCGGAACGCUUUGGAAAAAAUGAACGGAUUUGAACUUGCUGGACGAGCUAUUCGGGUUGGUCUCGGCAAUGAUAAGUCCGCCCCUGACACGCACGCCAAUCGCCCCUCCGGUGAUUCGUCCACCAUUUUCCAGGGAUCCUCGUUCUCCGGCCAGGGAGGCCGUGGCGUUCAAGCCGGAGGUUCCAACAACUUUGACCGUAACAAAGCCGAGAAGGGUGGUGUCGGUGCUAGUGCACUUGAUGACACAGACGUUGCUGGUGUCAACUUCAACAACUACUCUAGGGAUGCGUUGAUGCGGAAACUUGCACGAACUGAUGAGCCCCAGCCUACCGACGAUCGUCAGCAGUUCCUCCGACCCAAGACCGAGACUAAGCCGCUUCCCAUCAAUGUCAACAUGGCUAGCCGCUGUGUUUUGCUUCGCAACGUGUUCGACCCCGCCGAAGAGACCGGCGAAGACUGGGUCAAGGAAAUGGAAGAGGAAGUCCGCGCCGAGUGUGAGCGGAAAUAUGGCCAUGUAGUUCACAUUUCCCUAGAUCUCAAUUCGCCGGGAGAUAUCUACCUGAAGUUCGAUCGCGUUCAAGGUGGCGAGAAUGCUCUCAAGGGCCUCAAUGGCCGAUACUUCGGCGGACGACAGAUCACCGCCCAACCCGUCGUGGAUGCCGUCUACAGCAGUCUUUUCUCCCGGACUAAGGCUAUCUAG